AUGAACGAGGAGCGGCAGCGGUUGGCGCUUAUGCACACCAAAUUAUGCUACGACAGCAACUCUGCAACACAGCAAUCGGCGACCGGCGUUAGCAACACGUCAAUACUUAUACGAGUACGUCACAUAGGUAUAUAUAGAGUACUAACAACAACAACCACAAUGGCAACAAGGAAACAGUCUCUACCCAAAUUAAGCAGUCAAGACGAAGAAGGGGGGGCAGGUCAUGGGUAUGGUGGGGGGCCACAGCACUUUGAACCCAUUCCUCAUGAUCAUGAUUUUUGCGAAAGAGUCGUUAUAAAUGUAAGCGGGUUAAGGUUCGAAACACAAUUACGAACGUUAAAUCAAUUUCCGGACACACUGCUGGGGGAUCCAGCUCGGCGAUUACGGUACUUUGACCCGCUUAGAAAUGAAUAUUUUUUUGACCGUAGUCGGCCGAGCUUCGAUGCAAUUUUAUACUAUUAUCAAAGUGGUGGUCGACUGCGGAGACCGGUCAAUGUCCCUUUAGACGUAUUUAGUGAAGAAAUAAAAUUUUAUGAAUUAGGUGAUCAAGCAAUUAAUAAAUUCAGAGAGGAUGAAGGCUUUAUUAAAGAGGAAGAAAGACCAUUGCCGGAUAAUGAAAGUCAAAGAAAAGUCUGGUUACUCUUCGAGUAUCCGGAGAGUUCGCAAGCCGCCAGAGUUGUAGCCAUAAUUAGUGUAUUUGUUAUAUUGCUAUCAAUUGUUAUAUUUUGUCUAGAAACAUUACCCGAAUUUAAGCAUUACAAGGUGUUCAAUACAACAACAAAUGGCACAAAAAUCGAGGAAGACGAGGUGCCUGACAUCACAGAUCCUUUCUUCCUUAUAGAAACAAUAUGUAUUAUUUGGUUUACAUUUGAACUCACAGUCAGGUUCCUCGCAUGUCCGAAUAAGUUACAUUUCUGCAGGGAUGUCAUGAAUGUUAUCGACAUAAUCGCCAUCAUUCCGUAUUUUAUAACAUUGGCGACCGUCGUCGCCGAAGAGGAGGAUACGUUAAAUCUUCCAAAAGCGCCAGUCAGUCCACAGGACAAGUCAUCGAAUCAGGCUAUGUCCUUGGCAAUAUUACGAGUGAUACGAUUAGUUCGAGUAUUUCGAAUAUUUAAGUUAUCUAGGCAUUCGAAGGGUUUACAAAUUUUAGGACGAACUCUGAAAGCCUCAAUGCGGGAAUUAGGUUUACUUAUAUUUUUCUUAUUUAUAGGCGUUGUACUCUUCUCAUCGGCGGUUUAUUUUGCGGAAGCUGGAAGCGAAAAUUCCUUCUUCAAGUCCAUACCCGAUGCAUUUUGGUGGGCUGUCGUUACCAUGACAACCGUUGGAUAUGGUGACAUGACACCCGUCGGUGUUUGGGGUAAAAUCGUGGGAUCACUGUGUGCCAUUGCUGGUGUCUUGACAAUCGCUCUCCCGGUACCAGUUAUCGUCAGUAAUUUCAAUUACUUCUAUCACCGCGAAACGGAUCAAGAGGAGAUGCAGAGCCAAAACUUUAAUCACGUUACUAGUUGUCCAUAUUUACCAGGUACAUUAGGUCAACAUUUAAAGAAAUCAUCGUUAUCUGAAUCCUCAUCGGAUAUGAUGGAUUUGGAUGAUGGUGCUGAAUCAACGCCAGGAUUGAGUGAAAUGCAUCCUGGUCGUACGGUGGCUCCAUUUUUAGGAGCACAACAACAAUCUAUCGAAAAGCAACAGCAGCAGCAGCAGCAGUUACAACAGCAGCAAGCAUCAUUGCAGCAGGCGUCGCCGCAGCAGUCGCAGCAGCAACAACAAGCGCUGCAAUUGCAACAGCAACAACAAAAUGGUUAUAAGCAAUCCGCUACAAGCGUCACCGGUGGCAAUAACUUAACCACCACAACAACAACGCUAAGGCAUAACAAUGCCCUGGCCGUUAGUAUCGAAACCGACCUCUCGGGUUCACAAGUGUCAAAUAUGAUCGACCUAUCACGCCAUUUGCAAAAAUUAUAUCAUCUUCUGAUAGGUCCCGUCGGGUUCUGGGGAAAAAUCGUCGGUUCGCUGUGUGUGAUCGCUGGUGUAUUGACCAUCGCACUGCCCGUCCCUGUAAUCGUCAGCAACUUCAACUACUUCUAUCAUCGUGAAACGGAUCAGGAGGAGAUGCAGAGUCAAAAUUUCAAUCACGUCACAAGUUGUUCAUAUUUACCUGGUGCAUUGGGCCAGCAUAUGAAGAAAUCCUCUAUGUCCGAAUCAUCGUCUGAUAUAAUGGAUUUAGAUGAUGGCAUCGAUGCUACACCGGGCUUGACUGAUCAUCCUGGCCGACAUUUAGCUCCAUUUUUGCGAGCACAGCAAUCAUUUGAAAAGCAACAAUUACAGCUGCAACAACAACAGAAUGGCUUGCGUGGCCAAUCGAAUACACUGCAACUGCGUCACAAUAGUGCCAUGGCGGUCAGCAUUGAAACUGACGUCUGACUACUGGUAAAACACUUGGAAAACGGCCUCAAUUGGCAACGUGAAAUGCAGCGUUGGAUGCCAGAAACGUCAUCGAAAGCGGUGUAAUCCGCUUCAGUGCAAAAUGAAGAUUCAAAGCAGUUGAUGAGAAAGCAAAUGUCGAAACAGUAUAAACUGAGAACCAAAAAAUCAAAAACAAAAUGUAAAACAAAACAAACAAAUAUUAGUUAAACUUAUUGUUAGCAAUGAAAAUACAGAAAGCGAAUAAUUUUUUUAGAACACAUUUAGAGAAUAUCAUAUUUAGCUACAGAAAAUUAAACUAAAAAUGCAAACAAACAAACAAACAAAACCAAAAAAUGUAAAACAAGUAAAACAUGCAACAACAACAAACAAUUAAAAGGGAAAAAUUGUAAAUUAUUUUAUUUCUUUUAUAAUUUUUUUCCUUUUUGGUAUUAGCGGCGAUAAAGAAGUACACAAAUAAAAACAAAAGCUAACAAACCAAAUACAUCGAGACAAACUCAUUAAAGGAAAGAAACUAAAUAUUUUUUAAUUAGUGAAUUUUAUUAGUGUAUUUAUUGAAAACAACCUGACGUCAGUAGCAACAAAAUAGAAGAGCACAUUCAAACACAUAAACCAAAGGUGUGAAAGUGUGUAAGACAUCUUUUGUUCGCAUAAGACAUUAAUUAUACACCUGGUACACGCACACAGGCACCAAAAUCAAAAACGCUUAAGUCAAUGUUGCUUGUUUUGUUAUAAAAGCAGAUUUUUUCGUUACAAUUUCGAGUAAUUCAUAAGUAAUUUUUUUUUCCUUCUUCACUCCACUCGGGAGCAUAAGGCCUCGACAAGACUCAGUAUUGUGUUGGUUUCGUUAAUCUAUUUUGUUUUCUGGCAGGGUAGGUGACUAGCCUGCCGCUACCAGGUAAUUACAAAUUCCGAAAAUAGCGCUGUUGGCAAUUAAUCCCGGAAAUUUCGGGGCUCCAAUUUUUUCAAAUCAGACUUUUUCGUUACAAUUUCGAGUAAUUCUUAAGUAACUGCAAAUCCCGAAAAUUCCGCUGUUGUUGGCAAUUAAUCCCAGAAAUUUCGGGAUUUGAAAAAAAUCGGAUACUAUUUAUCUCCAUAUAAUAUAAAAUGGACUUACCUCACUUUCAAAGAAAACGAUUUUUUCAAAUUCUGAAUUAAUUACUUAUGAAUAACAUAAAAUAAUAACGGAAAAUGUUGCUCUUGUAGCAAAAAACGAAACUUUGACUUGAACGUUUUUGUUUCCCUUUUCUUUUUUAAUAAAG